AUGACGGCCACCGUCGUAUCGGAUAUACCCGUGACUCAGAUUUACAAGCGAACCGAGAUUAUUGGCCGCGGAAAAUUUGGUGUGGUUUACAAAGGAAUUCACAGAGCCACUAACCAAGUAGUUGCAAUCAAGGUGUUGAACCUGGACACAGCUGAAGAUGAAGUCAAGGAUGUUCAACAAGAGAUACAAUUUCUGGCCCAGCUGAAAGGAGUCCCUAAUGUUACCCAUUAUCAUGGAUCUUUCCUGAACAAUACUCGGCUGUGGAUCGUCAUGGACCACUGUGCCGGGGGAUCAAUGAGAACACUACUGAGGCCCGGGCCCGUUGAAGAGCGUUAUAUCGGUGUCAUAGUGCGAGAGUUGCUCACGGCACUUCAGGCAGUUCACAAGGCUGGUGUAAUUCAUCGGGAUCUCAAAGCCGCAAACGUUUUGAUAACCAACGAGGGUAGGGUCGAACUGUGCGAUUUUGGAGUGGCUGCCCAGCUGACUUCCACGGCACUCAAAAGAUCCACCAUGGCUGGAACUCCGUACUGGAUGGCUCCAGAGGUGAUCAUGGAUGGCCAAAUGUACAAUGUGAAAGCCGAUAUAUGGUCUCUGGGAAUCACCAUUUACGAGUUUGCUACUGGGAAUCCACCCUAUAGCGACAAGGAUGCCAUGCGCGCGAUGCAAUUGAUCACGUCUCACGAGCCACCUCGUCUGGAGGGAAGGAACCACUCCCCAAUAUUGAAAGAGAUCAUAGCACUAUGUUUGGACGAAAGCCCUGAUUCACGCCCGAUGGCCGAGGACUUGCUGAAAUCGAAAUUUGUGAGGACCUACAGACCUCAGCCCAGUUCGAUUCUGAAGGAGCUGAUCUCACGAUACUUGCUUUGGAGAGAAAAGAAGUCUUCUCGAGACAGCAUCGGUGCUGGUCUUGAAGACGAUCUGGACAACAGCAUUGCCAAUGUGGAAGAGGCUGGAGAUCUGGAUGUUAAGUGGGACUUUGACUCGUUGAGCAGUGCCGAGUAUAUCCUCGAUAACGAUAUCAACAUCAACAACAUCAACGAUUUCAGCACGAACAACGAUAUGUCUCCGGUUCAUGCAACCAAUGCCCGUCACAACUACGACGAUUUUAUGACUAACCAAUACCAGCAGACCUAUGUGACCCAAAUUGGCACCGGGAUUGGCUCUACAGUUCGUGAGGACCCCACACUUAGGGCUGGAACCACUAUACAGACGAGCAGAAAAGAGGCCCCGAAAUCAUUGUUGCAGUUGUUCGAAGAAAAUGGGGAGGAAGACGAAGAGAGUGACCAUGAGCUGAACAUCGCUUCAAAACCUCUUGCAUUUGAUUCUUCCAAGAUUAUUAACACAGCCAGUGCUUCUCAUUCAACCGCACAUAACGCUUCACCGAUGGUGGAGAUUGAGAUCCCUAGUAUGGACGAAUUGUCUCUGGCCACUCCUCUUUCAACCGCGACAGAAACGGGACCUCGAACCGCCUCGAGACCGAGGGCUUCGACUUUGCAACAGCAGUCAGAUUCUCGUACAGUCCAUUCUUCUGCAAGUGUCUCAUAUCUGGAUCUGCGAAAUUUGAAUAAGCAGGAUGGAACCUCUGAUUUUGCGGUGAAUCUACAGAGGAGACCGACUCUUCCCUCCACAACAAUGCAGUCACAUCCAACAUCACAACCUCCUCAUAACCACAGGCGCACACCAUCACCCACAAAACAACUACACUCGCAUUUUGAAGGAACCACAUCUUCGCCGCCAAAACACGGCACCACACCGCCUCACUCUAUGAAACCUUUAAUGACCAGCACGGCCUCGAUGCCACCUCUGUUGCAGCCUAUGAAUUCUACCAAGACGGUCGCAGAGUCUUCCCAGUCCCUUGGAUUGCGUAUCCAGACACCCUUGGCACGUGCUCCUCCAAAUCUGGGUGCUUUGGACAACGCCAUGAAAACGGAUGAUCUAAAUAUCAACCAGUUUGGGGUCAAUCCCAAUCUGAUGCUCGGUGCUCCAAAAGUGAUGACCCCACUUACGGAGAGACAGAACGUGUUUAGCGGACCUGCUACUCCAGAGCAAAGAAAUGGAAGCAUCUCAACAUCACCUCCUUUGCAACAAGGUCCUCCAAGAACUCACACUUCCACUCUGUCCAUGCAGAGACAGCAACUGGGCCAGACUGGGCAGCAACAGCAGAUACGCAAACCCAGCACUGCGUCGGACGAGUAUCCUCAUCACCCAACAUCGCGUUCUUCGUCGAUAUCAGGAUCAACAGCAGCAUCGAUUACCACCGCGCAGACCGCAGCAACCAGCGUAGGUUCUGCUCCUACGAUCGAGUCUAAGAUAUUGAGCGUUGGCAAUUCUCUCUUCCCGCUAUCGCAGACUCUCAACCCGGCACUCUUCUUGGAUAACAACCCGGGGUCAUCCAGACAGCAUCUUACAGACGAGAUCAGCGGAUUGUUAUCCAAGAUUGGUACUGUUUUGGAGCUGAUGGAAGAGGAGUUGAGCCUGCUGAACGAAUAA